AUGUUUAAACUACAAGAUUUUCGUACAUCAAGAAAUGUAUGUGAAGAGAAAAAACUAAACUUUAUAAACAUAUACAAAACUAAAUGGGACGAAAUUCACUAUAAAUCUGAUGUUUUUCGUUAUAGAAUCGAUAAUUUACGCGAAAGAAUUGUAGACGGGAAGUAUUUACUGCAGUUAAAUCCACACAGAAGUACAAAAAGACGCACUCCAGAGCAAAUACAUGAUAUCUGUCAACCUUUUGAUAAGAACAAGUUUAAUUUCACUAAAGUAUCUAGGGAUGAAAUAAUUUUUACUUUUACAGAAGAUGAUGACGAAGAAAAUGAACAUGCUAUUUUGGUGAAUGUUAGUCCUAUAUCACGUUACCAUUCUUUGCUAUGUCCGUUACUAAAAAGAUGUUUACCACAAAUUUUGACUGCAGAUAGUUUACAGUUGGGUAUUGACAUUAUUUUCCUAAGUGAUGAUCGUGACUUAAGAGUUGGAUUUAACAGCCUCUGUGGAUUAGCUUCAGUUAAUCAUCUGCAUUACCAUCUGUUUAUUGAAAAUAAUGUUCUGCCUGUAGAAACAGUGAAAUGUAAUCAUAUAAAAGGCCCUGUCUAUUGUUUGAGUGAUAAUUAUCCCGUGCCUGCAUUCUGUUUUGAAGUGACACCUCAAACAGUGAAUCCAUCUGGAGUUAUAUUUAAACUUAUUGAAGUUUUACUAAAUAAAUCAAUCGCUCAUAAUAUAUUCAUAACUAGUGGACAGAGAGUCACGGGAGAUAGUAAAGGGGAAGAAAUAGUAAGGGUAAUCAUUUGGCCAAGGAAAAGCAGUUCGGGAGCAAAACAGCUGUCUGCUUUUAAUGUGGCUGUUUGUGAAUUGAGUGGCUGGUUUCCAGUUUAUGAUAUACACAUUUUUGAACACAUUCAUGCUGAAGAAUUAGAAAGUGAGUUGAAAAAGUGGAAAUAUGAGAAUUUUGCUGAACUAUGUGAAGAGAUCAAAGAGUUAUAUUAA